AUGCGAGGUUUCAGGGAAGCUUUAGGUUAUGGGGAUCUGCUUGAUUUAGGGUUUCAGGGACCUCAAGCGACGUGGUGGAAUUCCGAGACCCAAUUGCGGUUGGAUAGGGCAGUUUGCACGCCAACAUGGUGUGACAUCUUCGGAUUUGCUCGUUUGAUGCAUCUACCUCCAAGUGAUUCUGAUCAUGUGCCAAUUCUACUGCAAGCCAGUACUGUUCCUUUGGCCAAAAGACCGCGUCACCAUCGCUUCAAAUUUGAAGCUCAUUGGCUACAACAUGGUGAAUGCGAUGGUGUGGUGAAGCAAGCCUGGCAAACGGAUGUUUAUGGUCAUCUUAUGUAUCAAUUGACAGAGAAUAUUUUCUAUACUAGAAUGAAGCUGGAUGCUUGGCAGAAAAAGACUUUCAAAGGUCGACAGAUGACUAUGUUAGGAAUAAGAGCAAGGUUGGAGGAAUUGCUUGAUGUAAAUUUAACUACUUCAGUAUUGUUGGAGAAGAAGCAGUUAAUGGAGAAGCUUCAAACUUUGUUGUCCCAAGAAGAGUCCUUUUGGAAGCAGAGAGCGAAAGUAACUUGGCUGAAAGAAGGGGAUCGCAACACUAGCUUUUUCCACAGGAAAACAGCAAAUAGGAAAAGGAAAAAUGUUAUACAUGGUUUGUUUGAUGAGCAGGGGGAUUGGUGUGAGGAUGAUGAGGGAGUGGAACGUGUUGUGACCUCCUAUUUCACUCACAUGUUUACCGCAUCGAACAUCGAUGAGGAAGGAAUGGCAGCGACAUUGGAAGCUAUCCAGCCUUGUGAUGAAGUUAAGUGUGCCUUAUUCCAAAUGUACCCUACUAAAUCCCCAGGGCCUGAUGGGAUGCCCCCAUUAUUUUUCCAACACUAUUGGGAGUUGAUUGGGGAUGAAGUAACUAAGGCAGUUCAGAGUUUUCUUCAUUCAGCCAACAAGUUGAAACGGAUUUUGCCGGAGUUGAUUUCACCAUAUCAGAGUGCUUUUGUUCCUGAAAGGUUGAUUACUGAUAACAUUCUUGUGGAUAAUGAGCUUGCUCAUUUUGUUCAUAAUAAAAGGGAGGGUGGUGACGGUUACAUGACUUUGAAAUUGGACUUGAGUAAAGCUUAUGAUAGGAUGGAAUGGACUUUUCUUCGAAAAGUUAUAGAGAGGUUUGGUUUUGCUUCUAUUUGGAUAGAGAUGGUGAUGCAAUGUGUUUGCUCUGUUAGAUAUUCAUUCUUAGUGAGAGAGGGAUUUUCAUCUUUACUUCAGCAAAAGCAAGCUUUGGGGUUAUUGCCUGGGAUUGCAAUAUGCAGGGAGGCGCCUCUAGUGAAUCACCUAUUAUUUGCUGACGAUAGCAUGCUUUAUGCUAAAGCUUCAUUAGAGGAUUGCUACCAGAUACAAGAUGUUAUUGAAACAUAUGGCAGAGCCUCAGGGAGGAAGAAGACAGCUACCUUUCAGUAUAUCAAAGAAAAUUUGGCCAAGAAGGUUUCUAAUUGGCAAGAUCUUGAGCAAUUAUGUACAAAGUUUUGGUGGGGAAGUACGCUAGAUAAAAGGAAAAUUCAUUGGAAGACAUGGAAGGCAUUGUGUAACCCUAAAGAGGAAGGAGGCAUGGCUCAUUUUGGACUGCUUCUUCUCACGCUUCUCCUUCUUAUUCUUGGAGGAGUAUUUUCUCCACAAGGGAUGUUCUGGCAGAUUGGUGAUGGGGCAAUGGUGAAUAUAUGGACAGAUUCAUGGAUUCCUGGAGUGCCAGAUUUUCGCCCUUGUGGAGGUAAUUUGGCUGCAACUGAUCUCAAUUUGGUGAGUGAUUUGAUUCAUCAUACAGAGAGUCGGAAUGUUAGUCUAAUUAAUAGGGUGUUUCUGGCCCAUGAGGUUGAAGCUAUUUUAUCUAUUCCUUUAUCGUCAAGGGAGGUUACUGAUAGGGUGAUUUGGCGUUUUACAAAGCAUGGAAAAUUCACGGUAAAGAUUGCUUAUCGGUUCUCCUUCUCUACUUCUCCUUCUUGUAGUCCUUUUGAUUUGUUUGUUGGUGUCAGCUUUUGGAAAAAGUUAUGGAAGGUAGUUAUUCCUAAUUCAGCUAAGGUUCACAUAUGGAGAGUGUAUCACAAUAUACUCCCAUCUUUGGAGAGACUUGCUUCGAAAAGGGUUGUGUUGGAGUCUAUGACAUGUCCUCUGUGUAUGAUGGAGAUUGAAACAACAAUUCAUUUGUGUCGUGAUUGCUCUUUCACAAAACAGGUGCUGCAAACAAAUGGGAUUUUGGCUCAGGUGUGUUAUAAUCCUCACUUUGUUCAUUUUGAUCUUUUGGAAUGGCUUAGUUCUUGUGCUACUGAACUGUCAUUAGAGUUACUAGGUAUAUUAGUCUACCUUCUUCGGGGGGUUUGGAAGGAAAGAAACAGUCGGGUUUGGGAGAACAAAAUUGGUACUGUUGAUGAAGUAGUUUUGAAGGCCAUGUCUAGAUUGCAUGAUUUUCGUUCAUUGAAUGUGAAAACUGAGCAUAAUAGGGUUAGUAGUACAAGAACGGUUCGAUGGACUGCUCUCCCUUUGGGAUAUUUUAAAGUUAAUGUUGACGGGUCUUUUCAUCAAGCAACGAAGAAUGGUAGCAUUGGAUUUGUAAACAGGGAUUGGCAGGGUACUUUCUUGGCAGGAGGAGGUAUGUCAUUAUCUGGUCUACUGUCUCCUGAACAUGUGGAGGCUUUGGCAUGUAAUUAA